AUGAGCAUGGACGACCCCGUUGAGAUGAUCCGAGCCCUGCAGCAAAAAAUGGACGAAAUGCAACAGCGUCACGAGGACGAACUGACGGCCGUAAAGGCCGAUUGUGAAGCCCGGAUAGCCCGGGAGGUUGGAAGGGCGGAUGGAGGAGAGGAGCGAGCGAAGGAUAAAGGAAAGGCGACGGCGGAAGAACGCACGCCUCAAGACACCGAGCGUGAUAGCACCUGGAGGCCUACUGGGUCCGAGGCGGAGGGAAGUAAAGUUAAAUCGGUGCACGCUGAGAGCGCUGCCGAGGACGGGCGGAUGAUAGUAAAGUCGGAACCCCCGUCCACUUUAUUACUUCCAUUCACCCAAAACAUAAUGAACGUCCAAAUUUCGGAACAAUUUGUGGCUCCACAAUUCAAGAUGUAUAAUGGGACGACGGACCCCGAGUCCCAUAUAAAGACGUUCUCAAAUGCAAUGGCAUUCAGAACAGGCAAUGACGCCAUUUGGUGCCGAGCGUUCUCGCUUUCGUUGGAGGACGAAGCAUUGGAAUGGUUCAACACCCUACCUCCCAAUUCCAUCGAAAACUUUGCUGGGAUAAAACAGCUAUUCAUCAAACAAUUCGCGGCCAGUAGUACCCAAGACUUAACCGUAUUCGAAUUAAUGACCCUCAAGCAAGGGAAGGAGGAAACGCUGCGGACGUUUAUGGAUAGGUACCAGAAGACCGUCCGGCGCGUGAGAAGCCUAACGCCAGAGCUCGCCCUUCACUACAUCCUACCGGCCCUCAAGCCGGGGCCGUUUAAGGAUAGCGUCUGUAGGCGAGCGCCCAAAACGAUGGAAGAGCUGAGAGAACGAGCGGCAGAUGAGAUAAAGGUGGAGGAGAUGAAGCUCUCGUACAAAAGGGAGAGUCAGGAGGCCAGGGGAGAAAGGGCAGACGAUAAUAAGCCCGGUUCGUCGACGGGAAAGCCGUCCGAUCCCAGGCACAAGGAGCAGAAAAAGGGGCCUCGCUUCCAACAGUAUACCCCCCUGAACGCCCCAAGGGAGAAAAUCCUCCGGGAGGCUUUGAGCGUAGAGCUGAUACAGGAGCGGGAAGGGCACCCAACUCCGAAGGGAGCCGAUUGGAGCAAACACUGCGCCUACCAUAAAAAUAUGGGUCAUAUCACCGAGGAUUGCUGGACCCUCAGGGAUAAGAUAGAGGAACUCAUCCGGGCGGGAAAGCUCAAGAAAUACGUCCGUGGCAACCGCCCGCCGCAAUCGACCGGUCAGCCGGCUCAGAGAUCAGCCUACCGUAAGGAUAAGUCGAGGAAUUCAAGAGCGGAGCGACCACGGUCAGAGAGGCGACAUAGCCAAAGUCGCAGCCGCAGUCGAGAACGCCCCUUGAGGGGGCACAUCAACACUAUUUCUGGAGGAUUCGUGGGAGGAGGAUCAUCUUCCUCCGCCCGUAAGCGCCAUGUUCGAGCCCUCCAGUCCGUACAUUUGGUUGACAAGCCACGCCGCUCCAUGCCGCCUAUUACCUUUUCGGAUGAAGAUUUUCACGCGCCCGACCCUGACCAGGACGACCCUAUGGUCAUAACCGCAGAGAUAGCGCGGUACGGAGUCAGCAAAGUUCUGGUUGACCAGGGGAGCUCGGUCAACAUCCUCUACUGGAAGACCUUCCUGCGAAUGGACAUCUCAGAGGAUCUUAUCGUCCCCUAUGAUGGGCAGAUAGUGGGGUUCGCGGGAGAAAGGGUCAAUACAAAGGGAUAUGUGGAGUUGAGGACAAGGUUGGGGACCGGUCGCUCUAGCGAGGAAAAGAGGAUCCGGUAUCUGUUAGUAGAGGCUAACACCUCGUACAACGUACUGCUCGGAAGGUCGUGCUUAAACGCGUUUAGAGCGAUCGUCUCUACACCCCACCUCACGAUGAAGUACCCCUCUGAGAAGGGAGCUAUAUGCACGGUCCGUGCAGACCAGAAGACGGCGCGGGAGUGCUACGCGGCGGGUUUGAAGCUGCAAAUCCGACCGAUGAAGAGACGGACGGCCGGCUCUGAGGUGGCCAUGGCGGACCUCGACCCAAGAACGAAUACUGAGGACCGUCUGGAACCCAUUGGAGAAACCCAACCUAUCUUGAUAGGGAGAUAA